AUGUCCUGCUACAACCAGUGCCUGCCACGCCUGCAGUGUCGGCCCUGCGGCCCCACCCCGCUGGCCGACAGCUGCACCGAGUCCUGUGUCAGGCAGUGCCAGGACUCCAACGUGGUCAUCCAGCCCUCUCCCGUGGUGGUGACCCUGCCCGGACCCAUCCUCAGCUCCUUCCCGCAGAGCACCGCCGUGGGCUCCUCCACCUCCGCUGCCGUUGGCAGCAUCCUCAGCUCUGAGGGUGUGCCCAUCUCCUCUGGAGGCUUUGGCCUCUCUGGCAUUGGCAGCGGCAUCUGUGGCAGGCGGUGCUUCCCCUGCUAA